CUCUGUACGGAGGAUAAGGAGAGACCAUGAGAGCUACGAAGGGAUCUCAGCUGUUAAUGUUGAGUGUGGUUCUGGUGACUGCCCAGGCCCUCACUGUGAACACACGCGUCAAGGAAGUAAAGGUAGCACAAGGGACUAACGCCACCCUCCCAUGUGAAUUCCAGACCUCUGCUGCCACCAGCAGCGCAGACUUCGUUACCUGGAGCAAAAUGCCUCAGGAGGAAGAUGUUGUCACUAGGUAUUUUGAUGGCUUUGUGCGCUAUGGCCAGGGUUACGAAGGCCGUCUGCAGUUCCCUAGCACUCCAGUCACAGAUGUCAGCAUCACCCUCCAUGGGGUGACCAUGGCAGACAACGGAACUUACAGAUGCACUGUCCAAGUGCGUGAAGAUUUCCCCAGAGCCGCUGCAAAGAUAGAUCUUUUGGUCCUUGUGGCUCCAUCCAAGCCAGAGUGUAAAGUCAUAGGGACACCAGAAUACGGACAGACCAUCAACCUGACCUGCAACUCUCAACAGGGGUCUCCAAAACCUGAGUAUACCUGGCAAAGCUUCAGCGUACUGAAUCAGCCCCGACCACUGGUGUCAGCAUCAGGACAACAGAUAACUCUGAAGAACGUCUCUGCAGACACCUCCGGCUUUUACAUUUGCACUGCCACCAACAGCGUUGGACAGGAGUUCUGCAACAUGACAGUCUCCAUUGUACCUCCAUCCAUGAACAUUGCCCUCUACGCUGGAGUCAUUGGUGGCGUAGUUGCUGCAAUCAUUGUCAUCGGGAUUUUGGCCUACUGCUGCUGCUGCCGGGGCAGCAAGGACAAGGACUACGAGAUGACUGAGCCAGGAGAUGGUGAGAAGGAGCCCGUCAGGAUUCGGGGACCAGCUGAAGAAGAGAUAGAGGAUGAGGAGGAGGAGGAAUAUCGGACGAGUGGCAGGCCACAGAUGCCACCCACCAACAAACCACGACUAGAGAUUUCAUAUGCUGAGGCAUAG